AUGGGAGCUGUAAUAUCUCGUUUUAGGUCGCAAAAUAAUGAUAAUUAUGAAAAAAUUUUAUCAGAACUUGAUGAUAAUAUUCGUAAAGCAGAAGUACGUCUAGGAGAAAUAAGAAUACGAGAACGUAAUGCACUGAUAAUUUGGAUAGUGUAUUCAUUAUUGGCAUAUGUUGCAUAUGUAAUGGGAUAUUGGUAUUUUGUUUAUAUGUCUAAUGAGGAAGAAAAUUGGGAUUUCAUGAAAGUGGCUCCUGUAUUGACAGGUCCUUUUUUCAUAGUGAUUGGUUAUAGAUUUCUCGCUUUAUGGUACAAAAGAAAAGAAACCAACGAAAUAUCUCAACUUGAGCAUUUAAGAGCCAGACAAAGCCUUAAAGUAGAAGAAUUAAAAAAGAGAACUGGAUAUUAUACUACUAAAACUUUAUUAGAAAGAUAUGAUUCGCCAACAAAACCAAUGACCCCUGGUCAAAAAAUUCCUUUAAUAACAACACUAGGAAGUUUAAAAUCUGGUGCUCCACAACAACAACUUCAAUCGCUCAUCAAUCCAAAUUCUUUACGUCAACCUUCAAGAUCUACAAGUAGAAAAAGAAAAGGUAGCCAUGGUAGUCGUCGUGGUAGUACUGAUGAUGAUUUUGAAGAUAAUGAAUUUAAACCUUAUAAUGUUAGAGAUGAUGAAAUAGGUAAUCGUGAAGAAUAA